AUGACUGUCCCAUCUCCGCCCGCGAGGGGGCGCGGGGUGCCGUGUGCGGCACCUAGACCCUCCCUCCUUGCGGCGGUAGUUGGUGUCCUGGUGGCCCUCGCGGUCGCCCAGGUCGCUUCCGGGACCCUGGUCGGGUGGACCUGCGUGGACACCCCCCAGGGAACCCUCGUCGGCGGGCUCCUGCCCGGCGGGGGCGUCGCGUGCGUCUCGAGCGACGGAGAGUCGUGCGACGUCUAUGCCUCGGGCAACCAGUGCGGCGCCUCCGUCCAGCAGGCCUAUCCGCCGGCCAACGUGCUCGUCUGCGGGCAGAAGGACACGCCCCUCACCGCCGCGACCUGCCGCGCGAUCCGGCGCGACGUCACGCUCGCCCUCACGGGCUGGACCUGCCCUGUCGCGGGCCCGCAGCCCCCCGUCCGCCUCGGGCGCGGCGGGACCGUCGAAUGCAUGGCGUCCGCGGCGGGAGAGUGCCUCGCGGGCGUCUCCAGGGACGACUGCUUCGCCGUCAUCGCCGCGAACGUCGGCGCGGCCCUCGCGGAGCCCUGCCCGGCCGGUGCGCCCACACCGGCUUGGUGCGCGGCUGCCCGAGGGGCGCUCUACGCGACCACGUACGGCUGGAGCUGCGAGCAAGACACGGGCGUGCCCCCCGCGCGGCUCGCCGCGGACAACUCCGUGCAGUGUCUGGCCGACGACGCCGGGCGCUGCCUCGCCGGCGGCGACGCGGAGGGCAACAGCUGCCUGGACUUGGUGUACGCGCACGCUGCGGGGCGCCCAACCCCGCUCAACGUGGCCGCGUGCCCCGAGAGCGACGCGCGCUGCGCGCGCGCGCGCCAGGCGAUCCUCCACCGCGAGACGGGCUGGGCCUGCGGGUCGGCGCCGGGCGGGGAGGGGUUGACGCCCUUUUCGCUGACGGAGAUUCCAGGGACGCCCGCGUGCAUGGUGGGCGACGACGCGUGCGCGUCGUUCCCGACGGAGGACGCGUGCGUGGCCGCGGUGGUGGCGCUCGGCGAGACGAAGGUCGCGUCGCUGCUCCCCAGCGCGCGCGCGUGCGGCCCGGGGUCGUUCCCGUGUGCCUCGAUUCUCGAGAGUGCCCCGGGGCUCUUUGGCGGGUGGCGCUGCUACGACGACGGCCGCCUGCUUCGCCGCGCGCUCGGCAGCACCGCGGUCGAGUGCUUCUCGGACGGCACCGGCGGCUGCGCGGCGCCUGCGGACCGGGAUGCGUGCGCGGCGCUGGUCAUCUCCUGCGCUGCGGAGCCGUCCGCGACGGCGUGCGACCUCGCGCGCUGCCCGUACCAGGCGCUGCCCGGCAGCGUCUGCGGCGACGCGCUGCUCGACUUCCCCCCGGCGCUCGCGUCGGGCGACUUUGACGCCGAUGGCGUCCUCACGCCGCCGCCCGGCGCGCUCGGCGCGCAGUUCGGCCGCGCCGUUGCCGUCGACGACCCCUUCCUCGCCGUCUCUGGCCCCGGCGGCGCCGCGAACACCUUCGUCACGCUGUACCGCCGCGUCGGCCUGCGGUGGGUCUUUGAGCGCGUGCUGUCCUUCGCCGGGUUCGGCGACACAGAGCACGGGGCGCCGUCGAAGGGCGUGGACGUCAUCGCCAUGAGCGGGGGCUACCUGGUCGCCGCGGUCCCGGGCGCGACGGUGCUCUCCGCUGCGAUCAGCGGGGCUUCGUCUCCUGCCCCUGUCUCGAAGCCUUCUGGGGCGUCCGGGGAGUUCGGUGCGUCGCUCGACGUCCGCGGGACGCUGCUCAUCGUUGGCGACCCGGGCGCGUACGACGGCGCCGGCGCCGUGACCGUGUACGUGCUCUCGGCGGGCUCGGAGUGGACGCUGGUGCGCACAGUGCACCCGCCUGCUGGAUUCACGGGUUCGACCUCGGGGGACGACCAGUGGCGGUUCGGCGCGUCCGUCGCGAUCCUCACGGACGAUGCGUUCCUGGUGGGCGCCCCGGACGUGGCGGCGCUGACCGUCGGCGACGGCGCGGGCGCUGCGUACGUGUUUGAGCGCCCGGCCGGCGGCUGGGAGGCGACGGACGACGGAACCGCGGUCGCGGAGCUGCGCGCGGUGCCGCCCGCUGCUACCGGUGCGGCGGGCGCGGCCGUCUGCGGUGACGUCGCCUUUGCGUUCGUGGCCGCCGGGAGCGACGUGUUCGUCUACGACACGCAGGACCUGCGCGGCGCCAGCGCUCCCGCCUCGCCGCGUCCCGCCCCGGUCACCAGCAUCCGCGCGGGCGGCCGCGUGCUGACCUGCGCGUACGCUGACGGCACGCUCGUUCUCGGCCUCGACGGCUCGCCGGCGACCGCGAGCAAGCUGGACCGCAACGGGCGGACGUUCUCGACGUCUGCGGUGCUCCAGGGCGGGCCGUCCGUGGCGACGGACGGCAUCAGCGUCGUUGUCGGGGACCCCUUGGCCGACGGCGCGGGCACCCCGGUCGCCAGCGGCGUCGACGCCGGCGGCGCGGUGGUUCAAUCAGCCGUCAACCUCGCGGUUCGCACCGGCUGGACCUGCAUCGAGGGCGUCGCGCCCCCUGUCCGCCUGACUGCCGGCGGCAGCAUCGAGUGCCUCAGCCUCGACGGCGGGGCCUGCGCGUCCACGUGCGAGGACGCGAUCGACGCUGCAGCGGGUGACGACUUCCCAGGGACGGGCUACGGCCUGCCGUUCACGGGCCCGAAGGAGUUCUUGGCGCGCAAGGCGUUCUACCAGCAGCUAUAUGAUCUAACCUGCGUGUCGGUCGACUCGGCGCCGAUGCGCAUCCUCAGCGACGGCACCGUGCAGUGCGUGUCGCGGGACGGGCGCACGUGCGACGUCAGCGCGGAUUGCUUCACGACGAUCGACACCACGACGCCCGCCGACCGUCUCUACCUCGCGUGUGACGGGACGGACCAGGCCGCGUGCGGCGGCGACCACCGCGCGGUUCUGGCGAGCGUGCUCGGUGGCUGGACCUGCCCCGAGGACGGAAGGCAGCUCCCCACCCGCCUCAACGCGGAGGGCGAGGUCGAGUGCAUGGAGGACCCGGCGACGGGUUCGUGCGUCGUCAGCGAGACCACCGCGGACUGCUACGCGACCGUCGCUGCCGCCGGCGCCAACGCCCCGCGCCUGCCGUGUGGGAGCAGCGGUCCGAACGGCCUCGCCUGCAUGCGGUCGCAGGUCGCGCUGUACAAGAUCGAGCAUGGCUUCACGUGCCUGCCGGGCGUGACCACGCCCCUCGCCCUCGACGGCUCUACGGUCCUCUGCGCCACUGACGACAACAACAAUUGUCUCCGCGGGGACUGCCCGUCGCUGCUCUCGGGGCUCUCUCAGGACAGCCCCGCCGCAGAGUGCACGUCCAGCGACUGCGUUGCGGCGCGCGCGCGCAUGGUCCAGGUCACCACGCGUACCACGUGCGCUGUCGACGCCACCGCCACCGCUUCGUACAUUCCGGCGCGCGUCGGCGCCACAGGCGGCAUCGACUGCGCGGGCGGCGGCAGCUGCGAGGGCUUCGCCACCGCGGACGAGUGUCUGACGGCCGCUGGCGCGGGCUCCCUCGCGCCCAUGGCUCCCGCCAACUGCACGCAGGUGCCCUGCGACAGCAUUCUCCCGCAGGUCAUGUACGUGCCGAUCGAGGUCGACGACGCCGCUGACACCAGCGGUGAGCCCGACUCCGUCAGGCCGGUCGUGUCGUGCCCGGGGUGCAAGGCCGGCCGCGUCGCGGCAUCGAGCGAGCAGUACCUUGCAGUUGCUGGUCCGACUGGAUUCUCGAACGGCUACGUCAGGGUGUUCAAGCGCCCCGACGUCACUGACGACAAGGGCUACGAGGUGCUCUUCGACAUCGUGCCCACUGGCGUGGACGUGGACGUCGACUUCUCUGAGAUGAGCAUCGACGUCGAUGGCGACCUCGUGGUUGUUGGUGUGCCCGGCCAGAACGCCGCGUAUGUCGCGUCGGCUGCGGACUGCUGCGACUACCCUGUCCGGCACAUUCCCAGGAAGGUCGGCGCCGCCAACGCGGACACGGUGGGGAACUUCGGCGCCGCUGUUGCCGUACGCGGCACUGUGGUUGCUGUCGGCGAUCCCACCGGCAUGGCGCUCGCUGGAGCGGUGUACGUGUUCGAGCUCGUCGGCGAGGAGUGGUCGCUCGCCAAGAGGCUCCAGCAGCCCGCGGGAUUCGCCUCCUCGGUUCGGGGCAAUGGCGAGUGGCGCCUCGGCGCCUCCGUGGCGAUCACGAGCUCCGGCAUCAUCGCGGGCGCACCCGGGGUGGACAGCUCGGCGGGAGACUCCGCCGGCGCCGUGUACGCGUUCGCCAGCCCGGCGGGCAGCUGGAGCACGCACAGCGGAAGCGCGGUCGCAGAGCUGAGGGCGCCUGGGUACGACACGGCGGAGCGGACCAACACCGGCGCGAGCCUGUGCGCGGACGACACGACCGUCAUCGUCGCCGGCAAGGCCACGAGCGCGGCGGGCGGGGCCGCGGUGACGGUGCACGUCUUCGACACCCGCACCGCGCUAUCUGCGUCUCCCGGCACCGUCCUCGAGGGGACGCCGGUCGCGCUCGACGAGGCGACGGCGGGCGCCCUCGGAACGCCGUCGUGCUCCGUCAGCGGCUCUCUCGCCGCGGUCGGCGUCUCGGUCGCCGGCCAGGGCGUCGUCUCCGUGCUGCUGCAGAAGCCGGAUGGCUCGUGGAGCCUCGCGGCUGCCGUGACCGGCGCCGCGGGCACGUCCGUGUCUGUCCUGCCGGCCAGCGAUGGCCACCCUCAGUCGGUCUUCCUCGGGUCGCUCGAGCCAUGGAUUCCCGACAUCCUCAACGCCGCUGACAUCACCUCGCCCACCGGCUGGCAGUGCGCAGCCGAUGGCGAGGGGCAGUUCAUCGCGUUCCGCCUCGAUGCCUUCGGCGUCGGGCAGUGCGUGGCGACGCGUGCCGGCAACCCCCGCCCCCGCAAGCGCACCUGCAAGCGCUACCUGUCGUGGCAGACGUGCUCCGCCGACUCCGGGUCCAACCCGGACAACUUCCCGACCGAGUGCUCGCGCACCGACGGGCUGAGCCAGGAGCUCUGCUCGACCGUGGCGCUUGAGGUCGCGAAGGACCUCACGGGGCAGUCUUGUUUCGAGGUCCAGCACGGGGAGUUCUCGCCCGUGAGCAUCGCCGCGGACGGCGCCACGCGCUGCCUGACCAAGGACGGCGACUCGGCGUGCGUCGCGUCGGACUCGGCGCUCGGGUGCGUCGUGGAGGCCGUCUCUUUGAUGGGCGCGUCCAACACCGGCACGCGCACGUGCACGGAGUCUGAGUUCUUCGCCGGGGGCUGGUGCUCCGCCGCGCGCCACCUGCUGUACCGCGAGGCCACGAGCUGGAUCUGUCCUCUCGACGGGCUCACCGCGGCGCUCGGCGACUACCCCGCUGGCGGGCUCGGGUGCUUGGCGCGGCGCGGCGAGUGCCUGUACACGUCCAGCGCGAACGGCUGCUACGAGAACAUCUUCCGCCUGAUGCCGACGCUCGAGUCGUACAACGCGGAGAUGGUCGCCAAGUGCGGGCCGGGCCCGCACGCCCCCGGCACCCUCUGUGCGCGCAACAGCGACAUCACACCUCUGGGGAUGGUGCCCUUCGCGGACGAGGACUCCUCGACGUUCAGCGGCAAGACCGAGGUCGGCAUCCUGCCCACCGAUGGCGCGAAGUGCCCGGAGUGCGCCACGGCGCGCGCCGUUGGCAUCAGCGGACGCUUCGCUGCCGUGUCAGGCCCCACGGGGCUUGCCAACGGCCGCGUCGCUGUCUACAAGAGGUCGUUCAGCUGCGAGCCCGGGCCCGGCGUGACCUGCGAGGGACCGAGCGGGCUCGAGGGCCAGCCGAGGUACGACCUCGUGCAGCUCCUGCACCCGACGGCCAUUGCGCCCGGAGACGACUUCUCUGAUGUCGCGAUCGACAUGGAUGACGUGCACCUCGUGGUCGGUAUGGCCGGCCAGGGCGUGUCCGGCACCGUGUACGUGCGGCCCUUCGACACCGAGCGCGACGAAUUCGGCGUGGGGUACAAACUCGAAGCACCCACCAGCGAGCCCGCCGUGGCGUUCGGUAUGGCCGUGAGCGUCCUGGGCGACGCCCUCGUCGUCGGCGACCCGCAGGCCAACGGCGGCACCGGUCUGAUCUUCGUGUUCAGCGGCGGUGCGACGACUGGCGGGCAGUUCAGGCACACCGCCACUCUCGCGCCAGAGACUGUGCCUGGCGCGGCGACCCCGCCGAUUCGCCUCGGCGCGUCGGUGGCCAUCGGCGGAUCCGGGGGGUCGCUCAUCAUCGCCGGUGCCCCGGGCGCCGGGAGCAGCGGCGGGAGGGACGCGGGGGCUGUGUUUGUGUACUCGAAGACCUACCCUAGCGGGACCUUCGGCGAGCCGGCGGAGCUGCGCGCGCCGGGCUUCGGCACGGCGAUCGAGACCUUCUUCGGCCAGACGGUGUGCGCGGGCGAGGACACGAUCGUCGUCGGCGGCAAGAAGUCGCCUGCUGGCAUGUCGGGGGCUUCCCUGCAGGUGUUCGACGUGAACGCCCUCGGAUCGGGCUCCGGCCCGCUGACGGGCACCACGGUCACCCUGGGCACGUCGUCGGCCGACCAGGCUGUCGUGAGCUGCGACGUGUCCGGCGCCACCGUCGUGGUGGGCACGCCGUCCACCGCCAUCACGCUGCACGGCACGCUGAGCUUCACGGAGACCUUCCGGCUGCCCAUCACCGCGGGCAGCCCCGCUGCGGUCGCGACGGACGGUCUGACGGCCAUCGUCGGCGACCUGGCCGCCCAGAAGGCCACCAUCCGCCCUGUGGACGUUGUCGACGGCGACGACUGGUCCUGCUUCCAGCCCUUCGUGCGCGCCGCCGUGCGCAUCGACGCCGCCGGACAGGUCGUCUGCAUGUCCCUCGACGGCGAGAACUGCUACACGGGGCUCGAGCUCCGGUCCAAGUGCCAGUCGUACACUGGGUCGCAGUCCACCUCAAGUCGGUUCCGCUACUCGCACGGCAUCGUCGACCUGAGUCAGCGGGACGUCCCCGGGGGCGAGUACUGGCAGGCGCGCCAGCGCCUGUUCGUGCAGGAGUACGGCGGCUGGUCGUGCUCGGACCGCAUCCCCGCGCCGAUCCGCUACAGCGUGGUUGGCGACGCUCUCGUUCCGGAGGCGUGCCUGCCGUCGGCGGGGGGCUGCAUGAUGUUCGACACCGCGGACGAGUGCUUCGAGUACGUCCGCGACACGCACACGACGUUCGCGACGGGCUCCAUCGGGGACCUGGCGAACGCUGGCUACCCCACCUGCAGUGCGGCGAGCCUGCAGCUCUCCACGUGCCCCGUGCCGGUGCUCGAGCGCGCGUACCUCGGACAGGCGUACUGCUCGAGCCACACGUACUUCGCGAGCCUGCAGCUCACCGCGGGCGUCGCGACGUGCCAGAGCUCGGGCGGCGCCGGCUGUGCUACGGCGGCGAGCGUCGACGCUUGCCUCGCGCUGCCGACAAACUCGAUGACGCCGUGCGACUAUGUCGGCUGCGCAGCUGCGCGCGCGGAGGGCUCGGUGCGCCUGUACGGCGGCUUCAUGUGCGCGCCUGGCGUUGACGACGAGUGGCGCGCCGUGCGUGUCGGCAAGUCGGGCGGCCUCGACUGCCUCGACUCCAGUCCGGCCCAAGGCGCCUGCGCCUCGUUCCCCGACGCGGACGCGUGCUACGCCUUCGUCGCGACGACGCCGCACCUCAUCGACGCGGCCUCGAGCACGACGGCCGUGCUGCACCUGGACGGCACCGACGCCAUCCCGGGAUGGCUGCCUUUGGAGCAAAGCUUCCUGCUGGGCGGCGCCGCCAGCCCACUCUCGCUGGUCUACGCCGCCACGUACGGCUGGACGUGCACGGCGAGCUCCUCGGCCCCCCUCCGCGCGGCCCCUGACGGGUCCCUGGAGUGCCUUGCUGAGGGCGGUGCCUGCGUCGAGACGUCGGGCGCCCGCGACUGCUUCGCGCGGAUCCGGUCGGAGGCCGUCGACAAGUCGACCGUCUUCCCGAGCGUGCGCGUACAGGACACCGGGUCCUGGCAGACGGAGAUGGUUUCAUUGUCGGCGUGGUACUGCAGCCCCGACAUCCCGAUGCCUGUGCGCGUCGGGCCGGACGCCGACCUCGAGUGCGUCGACACGGGGUCUGGCUCGUGCCGCAUGUACGCGGACGUUUCGUCGUGCAGGAGCGCCUUGCUUGGCCAGGAUGCCAUGUCGAUGAGGGCAAUCACGUGCGUUGGCGACGCCUGCGACCGUCUCCGGUCAAAGACGUUCCUGGACCUCUUCGGACUGACCUGCAUCGGCCAAGGGGACGACAUCCUCGCGGUCCGGACCGCCAGCGAGGGCGGCGUGGAGUGCGUGAUCGACGACAACGCGGGCAGCUGCAGGCGCUACCAGACGAUCAGCAACUGUCUCCGCGCCUCCAGGACGGCCGCCCGCUCUGGAGACGAGCCGAUCUUCACGUCGUGCACCGGCCAGAGCGGCUGCGAGGACGCCCGCCAGGCGCUGUACGAGACUGCGACCGGCUGGACCUGCAACCCGACGAUUGGCUUCGCUCCGCUGCGGCCCGCGGAGUUCCUCGCGUCGCAGGCCGUGGAGUGCAUCGACGACGGCAGCGGCGCCUGCGCCGUUGCCGAGGACCUCGACGGUUGCUUUGCGCUCGCGGGCGCGGGCGGUGCUCCUCUCGCGUGCGGCUCCUCCUGCCCAGCGACGCCUGAGGCGGUCGCACACGCCACCGGCGCGCUGUCCGUCUGCGUGACGGCCAGCGACGGCAGUUCGAGGGCGCUCCGCAUCACCGACGACGAGAUGGUGUGCCUGGCGUCCGCGUCCGCACCGGUGGAGUGCCUGACGUUCCAGAGCGAGGCGGACUGCGUUGCGGCGCUCGCGUUGCCGGCCGUGUUGCUGACGCAGGACCUGACCUGCGACGACGACCCCGCUUCGGCGGCCGCGUGCACCGAGGCUCGCUUCCGCCUCCCGCGAUCUAUCACCGGCUGGGGCUGCCUGGAGAGCGGCUUCCUGCUGGCGCCGAUCCGCGUUGGAUCCGGCGGCAGCUUCGAGUGCCUGUCCACGGACGGGAUCGACUGCGCCGUCGGGUCGUCUCCGGACGCGUGCGCCGCUCUGGCUGCCGGUGGUGACGGCGUGGUCAUUUCGUGCCCGUCGGAGUCGUCUGCGGGCCGGCAGUGGUGCUCGACUGUCCGCGACGCGCUCGAGGCCGAGCUGUUCGGCUGGUCGUGCCCGCCGCUCGGCGCCGGACCCAUCCGGCUUGGGCCCAACCCCGCGACGGCAACGGUCGAGUGCAUCGCGCCGGCCUCCUCGCCCUCGUCGUGCACGUACGCGAGCUCGACGGAGGCUUGCCACGCGCUCAUGGUACAGGCGGUGCGCGAGUCGUCCAGCACCAGCCCGUCCUCCCUGAACCCUGAAUACGUGGUUGGCAACGACUGCCCCGAGUCGGGCGACAAGAAGUGGUGCCCGCGGGCGCAGCAGCAGGCCGCGCUCUCGUCCGGCGCUUGGGUGUGCUACGACGACGACAUGGCGUUCUUCUCGUGCCCGGGCGCCUCGGAACUCCUCACUUCAGCGCAGGCGCAGGCCAACGGGGGCUCGUGCACGCCCGUGGACCGUGCCGUCCGCAUGAUCCGUCUGCUGCCCGACGGCCUGAGCUUCGAGUGCGCCAGCAGCGACGGAGGGGGCUGCUCGUACACUCUGAGCUCGAACUGCCGGAAGAAGUCUUCGUCGCAGAUUGACGCUGAGUUCCCGCUGAGGUUCCCCAGCCAGGGGACGCCGGCGGACAACAACGCUCUCGACUCCCUGCUCGCGCUCCGGACCGGCAUCGCGUGCACGGAGGGCCCGCGCGUCGCAGCUGUGUCGUUCCCGGGCGACCAGGACGCGAGCAGCACGACGCUCAUGUGCCUCAGCACGGACGUCAGCGACGGCGAUUGCUGGGACGGGAGCACCGUCGAUGAGUGCCGUGCGGUCGUCGCUGAUCCGCAGGGCACGAUGAUGCUGAUCCCGGCCACGACGCCGUCCGGCGAGGACGACGCGUACACGGCGUGGUACGACUCAGCGAGGAGCCGCCUGUCUUCGCUGAUAUACGGGUGGUCUUGCGAGGCGGCCGGGCCGCAGUUCGUGCCGGUGCGCCUGGUCAACGCCGUCGUCAAUGGGUCGCCGCAGCUUGAGGUGGAGUGCCUGGAGGGCAACACCGCCGGCAGGUGCUUUGUCAGCACUUCGUCCGACGCCUGCUACGCGCACGUGCGGGCGAGCGCCGUGCCGCCCGCUGGCGGCGGUGCCCGGCGCAGGAUGGCCGAGUUUGACGCUCUCCGCUGCACUACGCUGCCAGAGUGCGAGGCGGUCGUGACGGAGCUGUACCGCGAGGAGUUCACCUGGACUUGCACCAGCGGCACGCAGCCGGGCGGCUACAUGGACAACUACGCCAUCCGGUUCCGGAACAGCGUCCUGGAGUGUGUGGCUGACGGCAACGGCGCGUGCGUGCGGUCCGCGGACGAGGCUGCGUGUCGGGCGCUCAUCUCGGACCCGGCCACGCAGCAGGCGCCGAUCUUCUCGUGCACCGUCGGCGCGUACUCGCGCGACAGCUGGUGCUCGGAGAUGUACAAGGCGCAGCGGCCCCCGGUCAUGCUUGACCUGUCGCUGUUUACGAGCCUGAUCGCGCCCGCCCCGGGCUGCCCCGACUGCCGUGUCGGUCGCGCACGCGCGAUUGGCAACUAUGCAGUCAUUACGGGCCCUCACGUCGACGGCGCGCUGGUCCUCUCGGUCUAUGAGCAGCAGGGUAAAUCCUGGGUCCUGCGGAGCCACGUGUCUGUCCCCGGCCUAUCCAGGGACGACGAGACGGACGAUCUCAGCCUGGCAAUGGAUUCCGACCACCUCGUCGUGGGUCUCCCCAGUCAGGGGUCCUCGGGUGCAGUCCACGUGUUGUGGUUGGACCACGCCCAGGGCCAGUACGUGUACGGCACGAUGAUCGUGACCCCGGACAAGGGUGACGCGCAGGACGAGGCCAAGGUGUUCGGUACCGCCGUGGCCGUGGAGAGCGGGGUCCUGGCCGUUGGCGACCCGCAGUCCGGCAAGGUCGAGAAGGGCAAAUACGUGCCCUCGGGCCGGGUCUUCGUGUUCGAGGGCCAGCGCGGCUCGUGGACGUUCCGCGAGUACUUCACUGACCACAAGCGGGGGGACGCUGGCAAGAGCUCGAGCUCGAAAGCCAGCGACAAGACGCGCGGGAAGGCGUGGCAGCUCGGUGCGUCGCUGUACAUUGCCCCGGGCGGCGACGCGAUCGUUGCGGGCGCCCCCGGCGUCGGCGACAAGGGCGGGAACAACGUGGGCGCAGCGUACGUCUACCACCGCGACGGGUACGACAGCGACAGCGAUGACGAGGACGAGUGGAAGGACGCGCGCACGAAGCCCCUGGUCGAGCUGCGCCCGCCGCUGUCCAGCACGUCCUCGGAGUCCUAUAUGGGCACGGUGAUCUGCUCUGACGGCAACGAGCUCUUCGUCGCCUCAGUGUCGCCGACCACGGGCGCAACAGCCUCCCUGCUGAGGUUCCGCACCAACGACUUGUGGGGCCCGAACAUCUCGGACAAGAAGACGACGAUCGACGGUAGCGUCCUCCCCAUCCCGGGGACCACCACCGGCGACGUCAUCACGGGCUGCGCCGUCGACGGUGGCUUCCUCGUCGUCGGUAUUCCCGGUGCCGACAGCGGCGCGGGCGAGGCGCACCUCCUGCGCAAGGACUCGAACGGGCAGUGGAACACCGUUGCGACGUUUGAGGGUGCUCCCGGCGACAAGACUGGCAGCGCCGUCGCUGUGUCGGGCGACACGGUCUUCGUGGGCUCUCCCGGACGCGACGGGCCGGACAACUCCGCGGAGGUCCCCGAGGUCGACGCGGGCGCAGUGCUGGUGCGCACCAUGGACGACUUGGACGUCACUGCGCUGGUGCCGUGGCAGUGCAUCGAGGGAGUUCCCACCCCGGUGCGUGUGCUCGAGGACGGGUCGAUCCAGUGCCUCUCUGUCGACGGCGCGACUUGCGCGAACACGCCGACCCUUACGGCGUGCGAGGCGCUCGUUUCGGACCGCGAGGGGGGCCGCGACAGCAGCAUCGCGCUGCCUGGGUCGUCUGCUGGCCGCCGCCUCUCUGCGCGCCGCCUGCAGCUCGAGCCGAGCGCGACCGCGCGCGCCCAGGAGGCCCUGAUCCUACGUGCCACGGGUACCUACUGCUCCGAGGACACCACGGCGUGGUACACGCUUGCGCUGUUCGGCAACGCUGCUGACGUCGGCAACCCUAGUAUCGCCGCUGGCUUCACUUGGCCGCCCGUCGGGGGCGUGUUCGUGCCCGUCAAGGUCGGUGCCGCUGGUGUCUCGUGCUAUAGCGACAGCGGAAGCGGCGCUUGCCGCACUGCGACGUCCUACGCUGAGUGCUUCAGUCUCGGCACGUCCGAGGACUCGACGACGCAGCUGUGCCCGCCUCCCGCUACGAGGAAGGGCUACGACCAUUACUGCACGUCGACGCAGUCUCGCGUGCUGACGAUGGAGACUGGGUGGUCAUGCGAGGAAGGCAUCCCGACCCCUGUGCGCAAGGACAGCGCUCAGAGCUCGCUUGGCAGCAUCGAGUGCCUCGCGGACUCCUCGGGCGUGUGCCUGCAGACCCCGACCGUGGCCUCGUGCGCUGCGGCCGCCAGGGCGCCGCCGCAGGGCAGUCGCGCAGUCGUGCAGUGCGGUGCUGCUGUUUCGGCCCCGGCAUCGUGGUGCGACGUCGCCAUCGCGCAGCUCGCGAUUCCGGACUGGUUCUGGCUCGAGGACCGCCUGCCAAUGCCCGAGACGAGCAUUGCGGACGAAGCGGUCAUCGGUCGCCCCGCUGGCUGCCCGAGCUGCCGCGUUGGACGCGCCGUCGCCCUGCUCAACGACGUCACUGUCGUCGCUGGCCCGGCCGGACGCACCAGUGCGUACCUGGCGGUGUACGAGGCCGUUGACGGCGGAAGCUUCAGCGAGUACGUGCUGAAGCAGUACUUGCGCGCGACCGAGGUCGGCUCUGGCGAUGACUUCACCAAGGUCGUCCUCGACAUCACCGAAGAAUUCAUCGUGGCGGGCUUCCCCGAACAGGCAGGCCGCGGUGCCGCGCACGUCUGGUCGUCCAGGUCUACGAACGACGGCAGCACGGCGCAGUGGGCCUACAUCGGCAUGGUGGUGCCCGACGCCACAAUGCAGGCCGCCACGUUCGGCUCGUCCGUCUCUGUCCGCGGCAACACGCUCGCGGUCGGUGACGCAGGCGCCGACGCCGUGCACCUGUACCGCCUGGACGACGGCCAGCCCCUGGUCGAGGUCGCGCGGCUGGUGACCCUCACGGGGCCGGAGAGCUCGCUCUUCGGCGCGUCGGUGGCGGUCGGCGGCAGCGAGGAGGCGGUCGUCGUCGGCGCUCCGGGUGAGCCCGGCGCCAGCGGCGCCGAUGUCGGCGCUGCGUACGUGUACCUGCGGCCGGCGUCAGGGGCGUGGGGCGAGAGCGAUGGUGUGCCCCUCGUCGAGCUCCGGCAGCCGACGCACGGCUCGGACUCCGGGACGGAGACGGGCGUCGCGGUGUGCGCAGAUGCCGACACUGUCGUCGUCGGGUCGACCGCGUCCAGCCCUGGCACAACCAUCCGGGUGUUUGACGGUGCCGACCUCUGGGGCGCCAACCGCCCGACGCAGCCCGUGCUGCUCACGGGCACCGGCGUCAGCGUUGCAUCGGCCGCCUUGCCGGUCGCGUCGUGCUCGGUCGCAGGCUCGACGAUCGUCGUCGGCACGCCCACGGACAACAGCGGCGCUGGGUCGGCUCACUUGGUCUACCGCGGCCCUGCCGGCACCUGGGAGGCCGAGUCAGUGAUCGACGGAGCCGCCGCUGGCGAUGCGCUCGGCUCGUCUGUCUCGACGGACGGCGUCAAGAUCGCCGCGGGCGCGCCUGGCGUCGACGCGUUGCCUGGUUUCAACGGCUUCGGGGGCAUCGACGCCGGCGCGGCCUACCUGCGUUCGAUCGACGUGCUGAUCUCCCUGACUCAGUGGACGUGCGUCGAGGGCGUCCCGACGGCCCUCCGCCUGGCUGUUGACGGCACGAUCGAGUGUCUGUCAUACGACAAUGGCCAGAGCUGCGCGUCCCUGCCGUUCGCCAGCACCUGCCAGGCUGCCCUCGCAGCGCUCCCGAACACCCCCGUGGUUGCGGUGCGCGCACCCUGUGCUGGUGCGGGUCCGGAGUGGUGCACGGAGGCGGCCGUGCGCCUGUACGCUGACACGUAUGGCUGGGAGUGCAGGUCGUGGGCCACGUUCCCCUUCAGCAUCACCGCGUCGGGCGACCUUGAGUGCCUCAGCACCAACGGUGCCACGUGCCUGCAAACGCCGACCGUCGACCAGUGCCUCUCGGCCGUCGCGGCUUCGUCCAGCGCCUCUGGAGUGGUCACGUGCAGCGGCAGCUUCUCGGACCAGUCCGCGUGCGGGCAGCUGUACGCCGCGGCGCUGACCUCUGCCACGUCGUGGCAGUGCGUCAGCGACGAGAUCGCGCCGGUCGUGCGCCUGGUCAGGCUGAUGGACUCGGACCCCACGGGUGUCGAGUGUGCGGCGUCUGGCGGGGCGUGCGCGACGUACAGCACCGUGCAGGACUGUGCCGCUGCCGCCAUGGCAGGCGGCACGGGCUCCACGCUGCUGUCGUGCCAGAACGAGUUCUGCAAGUCGGCGCUGCUGACACUCUCGCUCUUCGAGUACGGCUGGGCCUGCACGGAGAACGCCAACUCCCCGCCGCUCCGCCCCGGGGCGACUCCCGGCUCUGUGGAGUGCAUGACGUGGGACAACGCUGGGUGCGCGGUCGCCGAGACGCAGGAGCAGUGCAUGGUGACCGUUCGGACCGGCAGCGCGUCGCUGUCCUCCGGCGGCGAGGUCUGCGACGACGUCGACUUGGACGAGCGCGGCAGCUUCUGCUCGCUGGGGCGCCACGAGCUCACUCGCCGCCUCUUCAGCGGCUGGCGCUGCUUCCACGGCAUCAACACUCCCGUUCGCGCUGGCGCCUCGGGAGAGAUCGAGUGCCUCAGCGUCGACGGCCUCACCUGCCGCACGACGUCCUCCGUGAGCGCUUGUCACGCGGAGGUGGCGUCGGUGGUUCGCGCAGCGGACCACCCCGGCCUCAACUGCGGGCCCCCCAGCGAGGGCGGCCUCGGGGACUCCCGCUGCAUGGCCGCGCUGCUCGAGCUGCGCAGGUUCACCAUCGACUCCGCGGCCUCCGCGACGAUCGAUGCCCAGCUUGUUGCGCCGACGCAGCUCGGCGUGAUGGCUCCGUUCCAGCCGUGCCCGAACUGCCGCUUCGGACGGUCGAUCGCCGCGCACCGCGACUGGGUUGCCGUGGUCGGCCCCCCGGGUCUGGCGAACAGCUUUGUCGCCAUCUACAAGGAGACGUCGCCGCAGUCGUACUCGCUGCACCAGAUCGUCACUCCAGACAUCCUGACUGUCGACGACAACUUCGAUGACGCCAAGGUCGCCAUGGACGACGGGCGUCUCGUCCUGUCCGUGAGCGGCCUGUACGGCAAGUCCCCGUCCGGACACGUGGGCCCCAUCUACGUCUUCGAGCCCCAGCCCGUGGCCGGUGGCAACGUCGAGUGGAAGCCGACUGGGUACCUGCGCAGGCCGGCCAGUGCCAGCAGCAGCUUCGGCUCGCAGGUCGCGAUCAGCGGGGACACUAUCGCUGUCGGCGACCCGGGCGCCGACGCUGUCCACGUGUUCGAACUUCUGCCCGCGACGGGCGACUGGCUGCUCUCCACGACCAUCGGCGGCGGCACCGGCUCCGGCCUGGGCUCCUCGGUGUCGCUCGUGGGCGACGGGUCCGUCCUGCUCGCCGGUGCGCCUGGCGAGGAGGAUGCCGGUGUUGCACGCGUGUACCACAGGCCCAGCGGCGGGUCGUGGUUUGAGAGCCGCAAGAUCACGUCGGCGACGGUGCGCCACGAGAACAGCAGGUCGGACGCGGGCGCGAGGUUCGGUUCGGUUGCGUGCAGCGACGGCCUGACCGCGGUCUUCACGUCGGUGUCUGGCGGCGAGGACCGCAAGCCCGCCAUGCACGCCAUCUCGCUCAGCACCGUCACGACGGACGGCCCGAACACCGCGACCCGCGUCGAGAUCGCCGGGAACGACUUCUCGGAGCCGAUCGCGUCGUGCGCCGUCAAGGGCAGCUGGAUCCUGGCGGGGGUCCCCAAGGAAGACCUCCCAGGUGCUGACUCAGGGGCGGCGGUGCUGCUGCACAGGCAGCCCGACGGGGUGUGGACGGAGAUGGUCCAGCUCGACGGCAAGGUCCCUGGCGCGUCGCUCGGCGCCUCCGUUGCGUUUACCGGCCUCGCGCCCACCCUGCCCCAUUUCGACUAUCCUGGGCUGCUUGCGCCCGGCAUGGCGCUGUUCGGCGCCCCCGGCGGGCCCGGCGGCAGGGUAGUGUCCGCGAUGACCAACCUGCUCUCUCAGGCGACGCCGUGGAUCGAGGUCACGUACCGCAAGGACUUUGACAGUCUGCGGACGCACGCGGUGGUGCAGCUCCUUGCCAACGGACGACUCGCGUGCGCGCGGAGCAUGACGGGGUCCCCGCUCACCGCUCCCUGCGCGGAGUUCGACCCUGCGACGAACGGCAACGCCGCGGCGCAGGCCGCCGCCUUCGUCAACACGCUCAACGCCCACGAGUUCUCGGGGAACUUCGUCGUGGCCUGUUCGGACGAGCAGGAGCGCGACCCCACGCACCCGUGCAGCACCAAGGCCAGUAUCUUCCAGCAGGUGUACGGCUGGACGUGCGCGCCCGGCCAGAACGUGCCGAUUUCGCUCGACGCAACCGGCGGCACUAUCAACUGCCUGGCGGGCGAAAACCAGAACGACGCCGUGGCCUGCGCGCGGUUCGCGACGCUCGACGAGUGCAACGACGCCAUCGUCGACAACUUCAGGCCCCGGCCGACGUCGGGCGGCGGGUCCGCGUCCGGCGAGGAGACCUUGGACUGGGACAUUAUUAAUAUCAUGUGCAACCUGGGCGCGUACCCGGCCGGAUCGGAGUGCUUCAGGGCGCAGCACCACCUCGUCUCGGGGCUGUCGACCAACACGUACGGGCUGACGUGCAUCAACGACGACAGCCCGCCGCUCGCGAUCGCGGCGGACGGGAGCAUGAUUUGCCCCAAGGCGGGGUCGUCGAACUCGUGCAUGCAGACCACGUCGGUGGAGGACUGCCACGCCUUCCUCCUGGGCGCGACGCAGGCGCAGCUGCGCGCGGUCACCACGUACUGCCCGACGCCGGGCUCGUGCCUGGAGACGCGCGUGCCUCUGUUCGCGGCCAACUACGACGGCUUCACCUGCGUGCACGACUCGACGGCGAUGCCGCCCGUGCGCGUCGUCCGCGGAGAGUUCGGAUCUCCGAACCGUGUCGAGUGCAUGUCCCUCGACGGGCAGACGUGUGCGUUCCCCGGCGACAUCUCGGAGUGCUUCACUUACGUGAACCAGCAGGGCGAGAACCCGGCCGUCACGGGGAUCGCGUGCACCGCGGACGACGUCAACGUGCCCGGCAGCUGGUGCGGCCGCGCCCGCCACGAGCUCGUGCAGCGCCUGUGGGGCUGGGAAUGCCUGCCCACAGUUGAGACUCCUGUCCGGCUGGAGCCCGACGGCAGGCGCAUCCGGUGCGCCACGAGCCCGGCGAACCCCGCCGGCGGCGUGUCGGAGUGCCUGGUCACGGGCGACCGCGACGCGUGUUACGAGGCGAUCAUCGACCAGGACUUCGACGUGUAUCCCCUGGAGCCCUACUCCAGCCCGGUGUGCGACGGCCUGGACCCCAUCCGGUCGCUCUCGCAGCUGUGGUGCGUCAAGGCCGCUCAGCAGCUGGUGCGUCAGCCCAUUGCGGAGUCCGUCGACCCCGUCACGCGCGAGGUCCUGGACCUGGUGCCUGGCGACAGGCCCACUACCACGCAGAUCCUCGUCGAGGGCAGCGCACGCGUCGGCCGCUCCGUCGCGGUCCGCGGCAAGCUCAUGGUCGUCGCCGGCCCCGCGGGGCAGGCCUCUGGCUACGCUCGGGUGUAUGGCCUGCAGCCCGACGGCACGUGGCUGCGCGUCUACGACAUUGAGCCUCACUUCGAGCAGUCGAGCUUCGACAGCUACGACAGGAUGGCCGUCGACACCGACGGCGAGAACAUCAUCGUCGGAUGGGUCCCGCACGCGCCGGGAUCCGGCCGCGUCGCGAUCUACCGCGACAUGGGAGGCUUCACAUUCACCAAGGUGUUCGAGACGCGCAGGACGGGGUCCGUGUCGGCCAGUACCGGCGCGUUCGGCUCCAGCGUCGCGAUCCGCAACGGCGUCGCCGCGGUGGGCGACCCGGACUUCGACCGCGGGUACGGUCGCGUCGAUGUGUACGCGCGGGCUGCCGGAACGUACGUGUGGUCGAACGUGGCGGUGCUGCUCGCGGGGUCGGGCUUCCCGAACGCGCCGCUGGCUGACAGGUCGUGGUCGUUCGGCGGCAGCGUUGCCCUGUCGGAGGACGGCAAGGUUCUUGCCGUCGGUGCGCCGCUGGUGAAGAAGGACGCUCGGGACGACGCCCCGGAGAGCACGGGCAAGGUGUACGUGUUCACGAGCCUGGUGACGGGCUGGACGGGCGUGCAGAACGCGCGCGUCGAGAUCAACGGUCCCGGGGAGGCAGGAGAGGAGUUUGGCAAGGACGUGUCGGUGGACCAGUCCGGCAUCGCGGUGACGACGUCAGCGUUCGACGCGUCGACCGGCGUCGUGGCCCGUGUGUGCCCGACGCCGGCCGGUGGAUGGGCGAAGCUGCCGAUGCGCUCGCGCAGGACCUGCGAGGACGUGACGUACACCGACGACGGCACCUUCGGCAGCGACGGCGCAGUGUACAGCGCAGCCCUCAGCGGCGACUCGCUCGUCGUCGGCAUGCUGCCUGCCGCCGGCGCUCUCGGCCGCAUCGCAUCGUUCCGGCGCAGGGUCGACGGUUCUUGGGCUGAGAUGAACACCGUCUCCUCCCCGAACACCAACGCACCUGUUUCCACGUCCUUCGGCGCGGCGGUGUCCGCGGACAACAACACUGUCGUCGUCGGCGACCCGGACCAGGCCGCCGGGCGGAUCGUGGUCUAUGGGCAGCUCGAGCUCACGGGCAUCAGUGAGUGGCAGUGCAUCCUGGACGUGCCGUACCCGGUCCGCGUCGGACCGUCUGGCGACGUCUGGUGCCUGUCUGUCGAUGGCGACGUCUGCCUCGGCCCGCAGCCCGGCCAGGUCUGCACGGACGUGCUGAACACGGUCGAGGUACAGUCUGCAUUCCUCGACUUGAAGCUCAUGCGCGCCGUCAAGUGCGCCGGUGCCGCGUACGACGACAAGUACAACCCGACGUGCCAGCGCACGAGCCCCGUGCUCUACGAGCGCCUGUACGAGUGGACGUGCAUGGACCACGGCCCGGACUCGCUCGCGCCCACGCGCCUCACGUUCUACGACGACGACAUCGAGGACGACCGCGCAGUGCGCCUCGAGUGCACUGCCGACGCGGCCGGGCCCGAGGGUUGCGCCGUCGAGCCGAACAUGCGCGCGUGUCUGCGUGCAGCUCAGGCUGCGGGGGAGAGCGCGACGGUGGACGCGCGUGCUUGCACCCUCGAGGAGUUCGGCAACCGCACGUCGUGGUGCGCGGGCGCGCGCGAGCAGUACCCGGCGUCCGUCCACGGCUGGCGCUGCUUCGACGGCGUCGAGACCCCCGUGCGGACGCGCGGCGUCCAGGAUGUGGACUGUCUGUCUGAGGACGGCGGCGCCACGUGCACGGUGGUGCCGACGGUGCAGGCGUGCAUCGCCACCGUGAUCGACGCGCACGAGCUCGGCGUGGCGACGCCCAUCGAGAACGCGUGCGGAACGAGCGCGACGCUGUCGUGCAACGCUGCGCGCACGCUGCUGUUCGACGCGGACUGGCUCUGGACGUGCCUGGACGACGGCACCGGCGACGUGUACACGGUUGCGGUCGACCAGGAGGGCCCCACGGCCAGUGCCGCGAGGUGCCUCGAGCAGAGCGCGGGUGUGUGCUUUAUUGACAGCACCAUUCAGGCCUGCUUCGCCAACCUGCGCACGCGCCUGCAGAGCUGGGACCCCAACGCGCCGAUCACCGCCGAACAGCCGACGGCUGCGCUCACGCGCGCGUCGCACACGCUGUACGACUUCCCGCCGGCCGCGUCCCCCGGAUCCGGAAAGCCCGUCGCACACACGCUGCCCUGCCCGCACUGCCGGCUCGGCCGCCUGAUGUCGGUCGACGCAGGCACGCUGGUGCUGGCUGGGCCGCCGGGGCUCUCCAACGGCGGCGCCUCGGUGUACCAGUCAGUCGCUGGCGUCUGGCGCUUCCAGCAGACGCUUGACGCGUUCGUGCGCACCCUCGCGGACGACGUGACCUCGGUCUCGGUCGCGGCCGGGGUCGUCGCCGUCGGGCUGCGACAGGAGCUCGGCAGCGUCGUCAUGGUCUUCCGACUGGAGGGUCCAACUGGCCAGCAGGUGUACGAGGAGAAGAACGCGCUCAGCCUCCCGCCCGGCGCGCCCGGCGUUGCAAUCGGCGUGACGGACCAAGGCACCACGUACCUCGUGGUGACUGAGGCGUCCUCUCCUACCACCGUCUACGACGUCACGUCGCCUGGCGCUCCGUCACCGGUCUUUGUUUUCAACCCGUGCAGCUACACGCAGAUCGGGCACGGCGGGCCCGGUAUCUCGAAGGACGGCUCCACCGCGGUGGCCUCGUGUGCGAGCGCAGCGUUUGCGCGCCGCACGUACGGAGGCGACGAGCUCCGCCUCGUGCUCCCCAGCGGCAUGUCUGUGUCGGGCGGGGCGCCAAGCGUCGACUCCUCGGGGUCCAUGGCCGCGUUGUCCGCGGUCGGCAUCGGAAAGUCGGCGGCGUACGUGUACCUCCUCCCGUCGGGGGUGUUUGGCAGCAACGACCUCACCGGCAUUGAGCUGAUUCCUGCCGGCGUGACGACGCAGCCAAUGAGUGCCCCGUCGGUGCACAACGGCCUCAUGGCCGUCGGCGUGCCCGCCCUGGGCAAGGCCUCCGUGUUCCAGAUCGGCCUGGCGAACCUGUGGGCCGAGAAGGCCACAGUGACCUCGCCAACGCUCGCUGACGGCCCCAGCACGGGCGACUUCGGCGCGACCGUCGUGAUGGACGACCUGUCGCUGGUCGUCGGAGCUCCGGCCGCGGAGGGCAUCGCCCGGGCCCCCAACUCGGGCCUGGUGACGUCGAACCGCUUGACGGCCCUGGGGCUUGGCAGCAACCUGCUGCAGGUGACAUCGGUGCAGCUGCCCGACCUCGCCUCCCUGCCGGUCGGAUGCUCGUGCACGGAGACCGUGUCGGCGGUGUGCGAGGAUGUCGCCGUGGUGGCCUGCCGCACGCCGUGCACGGCAAACAACUUUUCGCUCGUGGGUCAGGCUCUGGCACUCGGCGCCGACGGCGGCUGGUUCGCUGCUGGCCGCCUCGAGGUGGACCUGACUGUGUCGCCGGGCGUGAGCGCGGUGCACUCCGCGACUUGCCGGUCAGGCGUCGCUUCCUUCGGAGUGACGCCGUCGACGGGCAACUGCGCUGACCCGGGAUGCAUCCUGGCGUUCGAGCUCGAAGGGGACUCGAACGUGAAGUGGGUGGUGCGUGGCUUCACGCCCCGCCCCGGUGCGGAGCUGUCGCAGAUCGGAGCCAUGAUCAAGUCAUCCAACGGCGUGAUGGUCACGACUGCUACGACUCCUGGGACGCCUGCCGGCGCGAUCCUGCACGUCCAGCUGCCGACCUCGUUCCUGGCGCUCAAUGUGCUCCCGGGCCUGCCGUUCUCGCCCGACUUCAGCGCGGUGUACGCAGGACUGAGCGUUGACGGCACUGCUGUUGCUGUCGGCACUCCUGCUGGCGUGCUGGUGUACAGCUCGGUGGGCUCCAACUGGAUCCAGGUGUCCGGACCUGUCGCAACCGUGUUCAUGCUCCCCGGCGAGCUGGUCACGGGCUUGUGCAUGGGCGACAACGGCGUCCUGGCCGUUCUCACUCCGAACAACGUGAUGAUCUUCGAGGCCGAAGGAGGCUGGGGCAAGCUGCCCCAGGGCACGGUCGUCAGCGCGACCCAGCGCAACCGCGCUCUGGGCACCCCCAGCAGCAUCCCGCCGGGAUCGUUCGGGUCGUGCAAGGUGCAGGGCAGCCUCCUGCUCGUUUCCACGACGAACUGGGCGCCGUCGGUGCUGCCGGAUCAGCGGGGCACGGUGCAAGGCUACACCCGCUCUCCGGACGGCCAAUGGCGCUGGGCCCGAACGGUCACGCCUCUGUCGACCGGCCCCGCAACGGGGGCACUGUCCCCCGUCUUUGGCACGCGGAACUCAAUCGCCUUCGACGGCGCAACGCUCGGCGUCUCGACCGGCGGGCCGCCGCAGAUCUACCUUGCGCAGGCCUCGGACGUCGCGACCGACGCCGCCGGCGCCUUCACGAAGUCGCCUGUCUCUGACGGUCGCAGCGAGUAUGCCAACGGUGGUGGCGGCGUCGAGCCCAUCGCUUGCCCGGGCUGCCGCAUGGGCCGCACGGUGGCGGUGCGCGGGUCGUGGAUGGUCGCGUCCGGGCUGACGGGCGACAACGUCGUCGUCGUCAUCGUGUACAGGUUGCUGUAUGGACUGCGGUGGGAGUACUGGCAGGCUUUCACCGGGAACGCCUGGGUCAGCACGACCGACGUGGUCGCCAGCGACGGCCGCUGCAUCGCCGUGGGCGUCCCCGUCCGCGGCCUCACUGGAGCUGUCGACAUGUACGAGCUAGACGAUUUGGCCAAGAUCUUUGUCUCCGCUGGCCAGGUCACGGGGCCCGCCGGGGCCGUCAACUUCGGCCAGGAGGUCUUCGUGUACGGCCGGACCAUGGUCGUGACGGACGCGCGGGGAGCUGCGUACGUUUACCGCAGGGAGGCGGCCGGCUGGGGCCUGGCACUGUUCGUCGACCCCGUCUCGUACGGGGUGACGGUCGACGUGGCCAUCAUGCCGGGCGAGCAGGCGAUCGGCCUCGUCGGCGACGACGGGGUCGUGACCAUGCUCGUGCGUCAGGGCACGUCUGGCGGCUGGAGCGUCCGCGACCCCGAUGACGACGUGGUCGCGCCCGUUGAGGCCGAGUACUGCGGCGAGUUCGACAUCGCUGCGUACUUCGCACGCAACCCCGCGGAGCAGCAGCUCCGUGACGCGGCCGCUGCGCAGUGGCGCGUCGACAACGACAUCUCGGUUGCGCCGUACGAGGGCAUUUUCCUCCUACCUGUCACUCCGCCGUUCGCUGGGUCCGCAGCGGUCGUGUCCGACUGGGCUCGCGACGGCACGCGGGAGGGCAGCAUCGUCGGCAGCACCCUGCGCGGGCUCCCCGACUGGCGGGCGUACAUCAGGCGGGCUGGCCAGCAGCCGGCGCGCGACCCUGUUGCCGCGCGCACUCAGGCGCAGGCGCUCCUCCAGAGCCGCGGCGGCGCCACCGAAGCGUGCAUCUCGCCCUCGGUGCAGCGGUGCGUUGCGGCGUCGACGAACGCGCUCGUGCUCGCCUCCUGGUCGAAGGAGGGGUCGCUCAAUGUGCCCAACUGGCAACUGACGGCCGUCGCCUUUGACAAGGACGACGACUGGGCUGCCUCGACGUUCGCGGUCCCCGGCGUCUUCUCGUCGCUCGGGCCGUCCGCUGACGUUGCCUGUGCCGCGGCGGGGAGCGCUGUCGCGCUCAGCCCGCAGACCAGCGACGAGACAAAGCGCAAUGUGUACCUCCUCAAGCGCACCGCUGCGUCUUGGAGCGUGUUCACCACGCUGCGCUCUGCCAGCCUCCCCGGGCCGCACACCAACCUCGGGAGGGACCUGGCCAUGGACGGCUCGUGGCUCGUGGCCGGCGCUUCGCCGUCUCUGAGCAACCCACCGAGGCCGCCUGGCGCCCCCCUGAACAGCGGUGCCGUCUACAUCUACUCGUUUGACGCCCUCGGCCUGCCCAAGGCGCUGCGCUACCUCCCGAUCUCCGAGCGCCUGACGCCGGCUCCGGACAACCUGUGCUCUGGCUGCCUGUACGGCGCGUCUGCCGAGGUUGACGAGUCGCGCCUGUUCGUCGAGGACAAGGACGGCGUCGGGAUCCUCGCGUACGACCCCGUCGAGGGCUGGGAGCACACUGCGAGGAUCGACGGCACCUCCGUCCUCCACGUUGCGUCGCACGGGCGCACGGUUGCGGUGAUGCUCACGGACCUGACCCUCCGGGCGUACUGGGGCAGCCCGACCGGCGACGAGUGGGCGGAGCAGGUACUUGCGCUACCGCAGGACUACGCCGUCAUCGACGGCGCGGUCCCGCUGGCGAUCGAUGGCGAGUCCCUGGCGGUGCGCGCCCGGCACAGCAGCGGGACGGUCGUUGUGCUCAUGUACCAGCUGGUGGGCUCGCUCUGGGAGUUCAGCCGCGUGCUGCGGCCCGGCGUUGCGCCCGUGCGCGAUCCGACCGUGUUCGGGAACCGCAUUUCUUUCGCCGACACCGGCCUGCUCGUUGUCACGGACCACUCCGUGGGCGCGAACGCUGGCAGCACCGGAACGAACGUCGCGUCGAGCCAGGCAGUGGUGAAGCUGUACUCCGGCGGCCGGCACGCGUGCGCCAUCGACGACGACGAGGCGCUCAAGUGCUGGGGAGACGGCCUCUCCGGGCAGACCAUCCAGCCUGGCAGCUUCCAGUGGACUGCCGCCGGCCUCGGGGACGAUCACACCUGCGCCAUCACGAUCACGGGCGACAUGUACUGCUUCGGCAACUCGGAUGAUGGGAAGAUCGAUGUUCCAUCCCUGUCGGUCGGCGUAUGGACAGGUGUGGCCGCUGGCAAGAAGCACACAUGCGCCAUCGACUCUUCCGGGACCGCUCGCUGCUUCGGCGACAGCUCGAACGGGAAGCUGUCUCCUCCCGCCGGCGUAAAGUUCUCGUCUUCUGUUGCCGCGAGCGACUCGGCGUCGUGCGCGAUUACAACGGCCAAGGCGAUCCGUUGCUGGGGCAGUUCCACGGGUCGGCAGACCACGCCGCCUACGGGGGCGAACUUCCUUUCUAUUGCCGGUGGCGGUGCGACGUUCUGCGCCAUCAGGAUCGACGGAACGAUGGUGUGCUGGGGCGCGAACGACAGUGGACAAAGGACGGUGCCGACGCUGCCUUCGGGGGUGACCUGGGCGAACGUUGCCGUCGGCGGGCAGCACGUUUGCGCCGUUGAUUCUGUCGGCACGAUGCACUGCACCGGUGACGCCGCGCUGGGCGCCACGGAGAUUCCAGCGGGCUUCACCUGGUCGCUGGUCUCGGCCGGCGACGGACACACGUGCGGCCUGACGACCACGGGCGUGCUCCGCUGCUUCGGCGAGGUCGGGCGCUUCGCGGGUAGCACCGCGCUCAACCAGCCGCCCAACCUCGUCGACUUCAAGUUCUCUCCGGCCCCCGCUGCCGAUGGCAUCCCAAUCGUGCUCACCUCCGGGCCUCUGCACACUUGUGGCGUGGACUCGAAGGGCACCAUGCGCUGCUGGGGCUCGAACCAGGAUGGCUUGCUCGAGUCGGACACGUACCUGCCCGCCGGCGGGUCCUGGGGCCAGGCUGCGGCUGGCAAGGGCCCCGUCAUGUGCGCGCUGCCGAGCGAUGGGCGUCUGCGCUGCUGGGGCAACGGGCAGUACGGCCAGACGACGGUGCCAAGGCUGGGCUUUGACGAGUCCUGGGUCGAUUUCGCCGUCGGCGAUUUCCAUGCCUGCGGCAUCACCAGCGAGGGACAGGCAACGUGCUGGGGGUCUGGCCAGGACGGCGAGCUCGAGCCUCCGGAGCUGUCGCCUGACAGCGCGACGUGGACGGCGAUCACGGCCGGGCACAAGCACUCCUGCGGGCUGACGUCUACGAACAAGGCGGUCUGCUGGGGCUGGAACGUUGAGGGGCAAACCGACGUGCCGAAGCUGUCGGGCGGGAAGCGCUUCGUCUCCAUCUCUGCGGGCACGAACCUGACCUGCGGCGUGGACUCGAGCGGCGGUGCACGCUGCUGGGGCGACGCGGCGCUCGGAGGGCUCGACGUGCCGGUGCUGCCCCGAGGAGACGCCUGGGCUUCGAUUUCCGUGGGCGCUGACUCUGUCUGCGGUGUCGACACCGCCGGCGUCCUGCGGUGCUGGGGCGCGAACGUCGCGGGGAUCACGCAGGUCCCGACUCUGCCGGUGGGCAUCGUAUGGGCGAACGUCGCCACUGGCCCCCGCCACGUCUGCGCGGCUGCGACGAACGGCCGCGUUGUCUGCUUUGGCGACGGGCGUUCCGGGGCGCUGCAGGCCCCGAGCGUCCGCCCUGACCUUACAUGGCCUGAGAGUCCGAGCGUGUCGGGCAACAUCCGCCUUGGAUACCGCACGUUGACAGCCGGUGACGGGUUCUGGUGUGGAAUCACUUCUAACGGCGGCAGCAUUCGCUGCGAGGGACAGUUCUCUUCCGGCUCCACGGUCGCAUCUGCUAUUCCGGCCCUCGGCGCCGGCCAGCAGUGGAUUUCGGUCGAAGCGGGCACGGACCACGUGUGUGCGCUCAGCUCUGCUGGAACGCUCUCAUGCUUCGGCAACUCUGGUUCAGGACGCCUCACGCCGCCGAGCCAGGCGAACGGCUUCAAAUGGGUGGCUGUCAGCGCCGGCGCGGAGCACACGUGCGCCAUCGACAACUCUGCGGCCAUGUCGUGCUUCGGAAACGUUGCGGACGGGCGCACCGCUGUUCCGAAGAACGUCUUCUGGUCGGCUGUCGCGGCCGGCGCGCGCACGACCUGCGGUAUCGACAUCGAAGGCUCGCUGUACUGCUGGGGCUUCGUGCUGGACCGGACCUAUCCCAAGAUCCCGUCCGACCGUCUGUGGGUGUCCAUCUCAGCUUACGGGCGCGUUACCUGCGGCGUUGACUCUGCCGGGGCUGUCCGGUGCUGGGGCGGAGACGACGCCGAGGGCGACACAGGGGUUGGUCUGAAGUUUGCUGAGGUGCCCAACCUGCCCGACGGCGCCGCCUGGGCGUCCGUCGAGGUCGGCCCGGAGCACGCAUGCGGCGUCGACACUCAGGGCGGCAUGGCGUGCUUCGGCAACAAUGCCGACGGACAGGCGACGGUGCCCGCAGUUGCGCGCGGGACGACCUGGGUGGCCGCCGCCCCUGGCAACACGUUCACGGCAGCGAUCACGUCGACUGGCGCGAUCGAAGUCUUCGGGACCGGCGUUGCAGGAUUUGCGUCCACCCCGCCGUCGCCGUGGGUUGCGAUGGCUGCCGGUGGCGCGGCAACUUGUGCGCUCACCAGCACUGGGGCCGAGUGCUACGGGGCGUACCCUCCGGGCGCGCCCAACUUGCCUUGGAGUCAGAUUGCGAUCGGCGCGGACUUUGCCUGCGGCAACCACGCGUCAGGCGUGCAGUGCUUCGGCGAGGGCCCGGCUGCUGCCCUUCCCGCAUCGUUGGCGGGAACUGUCGCGGGCUGGAGCGGAUCGCCGUCCCCGAUUUCGGCCGGCCACGAGCACGCUUGCAUCAUCGACUCCGCCGGCGGGCUCACCUGCUUCGGGCGGGACGUCGACGGUCGUACUGCCGUUCCGGGCUUGCCCGUCGCGGCUGACCGCUGGUACAGAGUUGCAGCUGGCGACGUCGCGACCUGCGGCACGUAUGCGCCGCCCGGGUUUACUCAGAGCACGCUGAUCUGUUUCGGCGACUCCCGCGUUGUGGACGACCUCUUGAACAUCGGAAACCGCUUCCGCACGUGGACUGAUCUCAGUGCCGGAGGAAAGCACUUCUGCGCCAUCGAGAGCACUGCGUCUGGCGGCGUCCUAGUGUGCUUCGGAGUCAACGACGUUGGGCAGGCAACAGUGCCGGGAACGAACGCUGUGGGCGGCUGGACCAAGGUCGACACGGGCCUGCUCCACACCUGCGCGCUGGAUUCCGAGGGGACAAUCGCCUGCUUCGGUGACAACGCUGCCGGGCAGCUCGACGUGCCGCCGCUGGACACCGGCGUCGCGUGGGCCGACGUUGCCGCCGGCGACUUGCACAGCUGCGGUCUCACGGACGAGGGAAGCAUUCUCUGCUGGGGCAACGGCGAGGCAGGGCAGACGUCGGUGCCCGUGAAGGACAGGAGCAACGUUCCCCUCGAUGAGUUGUUCGAGACGGAGCCGGAGCAGCUGCGGCCGCCUCUGGCGCGUUCGGUGUGGAACCAGGUCAGCGGCGGGCGGGCGCACGCGUGCGCGCUGCAGAGUCUCGGCGUGCCGAGAUGCUGGGGAGAAAACAAGGAAGGACAGGGCGACGUGCCAGCCCUGUCAACAUCGACGGCAACGUGGGUGCAGAUCAGCGCUGGUUCUGACCACUCGUGCGCCCUGGACAGCGCUGGGAAAUUCGUUUGCUUCGGCAAGGACGUGGGUACCACGUCUCCAGCCGGUAGGACGGAUGCGUACGCAGUUGCGGCGGGCAAGACGCACACGGCAUGGAUUGACGUCGCUGGCAGCCUCAAGGUCCACUCGGGAGGUGCUACUCGCACGCUGGCGACACACACCUUCGCGUCGCUGAACUCCCUCGGACGCCUGUCCAGCACUCCGCUGCUCGUCUCGGGCGACGGCUUCUCGUGCGGCAUGACGACCUCGUCCGGCGUGCAGUGCGCGUCGGCAUCGGGGGGCCUGGUCAGCUACCUGGGCAUCACCGGCAGCAGCUUCGUUGCUCUCAGCGCUGGUCCCUCGUCCGCGCACAUCUGUGGCGUCCGGGCGGGUCGUGCGACCAUCACCUGCGCAGGAUCGAACGACAACGGGCAGACUUCUGUCCCUCUGUCGCAUGGGAGCGUGGCUUCCGGCGACUAUCAGGGGCCGUUCGUGACCGUGGCGACCAACGAGCAGUCCACGUGCGCUUUGAGCGCGGCAGGGCGCAUUGCGUGCUGGGGCACGGCGAGCGGCGUGCCUGCCACGCAGCUUCCCGGCGGCGUCAAGUACGUCGACAUUCUGAUGACCGACAACGCCAUGUGCGGCCUCGUCAGCAACGGCGACAUCAAGUGCUGGUCGUUGCCUUCGAAUCCGUUGCAGCUGGCGGCUUACUGGACCGCUCUCGAUCUCGGUGCCUUCCACGGCUGCGCGAUCGACUCUGUGUCCCGCCUGAAGUGCUUCGGCGACUCCUCGGCCGAGCAGGACGUCCCGGCCAACAUCGCGAGCGUGGAUACGAACCUGGUAUGGGAGCAGCUCAGCGUGUCCACGGCAAUCGACAACAUGAACCGGCUCGACGAGUACGCGGGCGGCCCGUACCACCACACCAUCGGCAUCGCGAGGAAUCCGACCACGGGGCGGGGCAGCAUGUUCACGUGGGGAGCGCCUUCGUUCAACGACGCACGGCAGAACCUCCUCAGCGCCUACGCCUCAGAAAGUUUCAAUGUCAUCUUCUUCCAGGGGAAGCCCUGGAGGAGCUUGCUCGGCUUCCCGCACCGGAACUACCGCGCCGUGUCCAGUGGGCGUAGGCACGGAUGUGCGCUGUUCGACCAGUUCGAUGACGGCGGCGCUGUCAGGGAGAGCGGUGUCCUCGAGUGCUGGAGCCCAGCAGGGACGGCAGGCCCGAGUCCCGUCCGGUGGGCUCACCAGAACUACGUCGCCAUCUCGUCCGGCUCCGACUUCAUGUGCGCACUCCACUCGAACGGCGGCAUCUACUGCUGGGACGCGGGCCAGACGAGCCCGGGCAUGUACGUCCCAGCGAAGCCGUCGGGAGGCUGGUCGUCGGUCGCAGCGGGCGCUGACCACGUCUGCGCGAUCAGGACCGGUGGAGGCAGCAUUGACUGCUGGUGUUCUGACCCGAACCCGCCCGCCGCGUCCCGGGACGUGUUGUACGACUUCACUGAAUCCGUCGCACCCCCGCCCGCCACCGAGACCCCAGUUCCGACGCCAGUUCCCACAGCAUCGCCUGCCGUUCCGGGCAGUCUCAGUCGUUCGCCGUACGCGCUCGCUAGCAACAAGGAAGGCUACACGCAAGGCUGGUCGAGGCGAACGGGCGACAAAAGAUGCACCGUACCUGCCGUUCCCGCGGGACGCACGUGGGUCUCGAUCGACGCGCUCGGAGACACCACCUGCGCGACGGACAGCACUGGCGCGUCAGACUGCUGGGGCAACAGGGGCUCCUGGCAGGAGCAGAUCCAGGAACCGACCGGCAAUGUGGCAAAGCUCUACGCAGGCAGGGCGUCUUGCGGCAUCAGCAGGGACGACCCCACAGUCAUCCUCUGCGCUCCCUCUGGAGCGGCGCUGGGACUCAGCAGCCCGCCCACUAUCGAAGUGUUCACGCCUGCGCCCGAGCUCAAGUAUGCCAAGAUUGUCAGCGGCGCCGACCACCACUGCGCCCUCGACACGGACGGGCAACUGACUUGCUGGGGCAGAGGAGGCGACGCAAUCACUCCUCCGCCCCUGCCACCCGGCAGAGUGUGGAAGGACGUGUCGGUGUCGACCGGGUUCGAGAUGCGUGGCCUGCGGGACACGUCCACGUUCCUGCAACGAACCUACGGGCGGACCUACGAGCACACGCUUGCUGUCGACAGUCUCGGCGAUCUGUACGUGUUCGGUUCGUACUGGCUCACAGUCCAGAAGCCCGCGGCCACGGGGAGGACGUACACUGCGGUGUCUGCGGGGCGACGCCUGAGCUGCUACCUGUACGACACGAGCUCCACGCCCGGCAUCAUCGACUGCUUCGGAGACCCGGGAGUCGGGGUGCCGGCCCUGUAUGGAGUCAAUAGACCUGAGUCCCCGCUACCCUUCGUCGGCAGCGCGCCUGCCAAGUACAUUGGACACUGGGACAAGAUCAGCACGGGCACGAACUUCGUGUGCGCGAUUCGCGGCGCAGACUCCGGUGGCACCCUGGACCCCCCCGCGGGCUCUCUGGCCUGCUGGGACCAAGAGAUGACGGAGCCGAACAUGUUUGUUCCCGCCCUCCCUCAGGACGCGACCGAGUGGGUCGACGUGUCCGCGGGCGCUGAUCACGUCUGCGCGAUCGACGACGUCGGCGGUCUGACGUGCUGGUGCCGCGACCCGGACCCGACGGACCUGCACUCCGGGUACCGCUCGACCUACGACUGGCUGGCCGAUGACGAGGAGGGCGGGCCGCGGGGGUCGCUGGCGAAGGCGCAGGACUUGGGCUUCAUCGACGGCGUCGGAUAUGUCUGCAACGCGAUCGGGUGUGCUGGGUACCCCGCGGGGUGGUCGCAGCGCAACAACGACCAGCGUUGCAACGUCCCAGUGCUCCCUGCGGGCAGGAAGUGGGCCGCGGUCGAUGCGACGGGCGACUCCACGUGCGGCAUUGACAACAAAGGUGACAUGCGCUGCUUCGGCCAGAACAACUUCGGCGAGACGGACGUGCCGUCCGACGCCCUCGACAGCGGCGAGAAGUGGGUCGCUGUUUCCGUCGGUGCCGCGACGUGCGGCAUCGGGACCAACGGGGGCGUCUCCUGCUGGGGCGACGACGCGUACGGCCAGACGACCAACGCCCCUGGCCCUCCUUCGCGCGGCGACGUCACCGACAACAUCCCGCGGCUGAACCUGCUCGUAAGGGACUUCGAGGCCACGUUCCUGGCCGCCCUGUACGACGUCCUGGUCCGGGCGCUGGAGGGUCCGGGUAUGUUGCCCCUCAGCCCCCUCCCCGGCAACCGCGUGGUGAUCCAGUGGGCCGUCUCUGGGGCUGACUCGGCGGUCACGGGCAUCGCGGCAGGCGGGUACCACACCUGCGGCAUCUCAUCGGGCGCGCUGCGCUGCUGGGGCGACGAUCUACGCGGCGCAACCUUCGCGCCGACCGGGGAGUCGUUCGCUUCGGUCUCGGCCGGACACAGCCACACGUGUGCCAUCACGCUCCUGGGCGAGCUCGUCUGUUUCGGCGACGCGUCGUUCGGACGAACCGAUGUCCCUCUGCCGACCCCGGGCGCCGCGUGGAGCCAGGUCGACGCCGGGUUCCAGCACACCUGCGCUGUUGACACCGCUGGCUCGGCGUUCUGUUUCGGCAGCGACACCGAAGGGCAGAGUACAGUGCCGGCGCUCCCCCGCGGCGGGAAGAUGUGGUCUGUCGUGUCUGCUGGCCUCUACCACACCUGUGGAGUGUCGGUAUCGGGCGCCCUGUACUGUUGGGGCCGUUCCAAGGAGGGGCAGACGUCUGCGCCGAUCACUGGGGUGACCCAGGGAUCUUACGUGACGGUCUCUGCAGGCGGCGCGCACACGUGCGCCAUCUCAGAGACGAGCGAGAUCUCCUGCUUCGGUUCCAAUGCAUUUGGGCAGACGUCUGUGCCCGCCACCACCGCGAACGAGGUUUGGUUGAGCGUCAGCUGCGGCCUGGCACACACGUGCGCAAUCAACGAAAACAGGAAUCUGAUCUGCUGGGGCGACGACUCGGACGGACAGGUGUCGGGCGUCCCCGGGCUCUCGAACCAGUGGACGUCGGUCAGUGCGGGCGACCGCCACACGUGUGCGACAUGGAAUGGUGCCAACCUGUACUGCUGGGGCCGCAACGAGGAGGGGCAGGUCUUCCCCGCCGCUCUCUCGACCGCAGCCCCCGGGACGUCCUCCUCCUCGGGCAUUUGCCGGUCCUGCGUCGAGCUGCGCGACGGGCUCUUGGACAUUGUUGGUGGAAGCGGCGUCGCACUCCCGGGCGGCACUGUCGGCAACAUCGGCGUCGCGUACGUGUACUCCAAGCCCGGCGGAGCCGGCGGAUGGGGCGAGAGCGGAGCGGACACGCCCGCGUCCUCGCUGUCGUACGCCUGGGCGUCUGCGCAGUUCACGGAGGCCUCCUUCACCGGCCGCGCUUUCGUCGUGUCAGAGGACGCUCAGGCCAUUCAGGCCGACAUCGAGGCGCUGUUGGCGCAGGACACCGGCUCGGACGUUCGGAGUGUCUCCCUCAGGAUUGCAAAGGCUGCGGCGUCCGAUUUCCUGACCGCGUACGACGCGAACGCGCGCACGGCGUUCCAGAACGAGGCCUUCAGCGUGCUGCGCAGUCUCGACACGGCCGUCAACAGGAUGAACACCCUCGAGGAAAGGCUGUGGCGCGAGGCGCGUGCAAGCAAGAGCUCGCCGACGGUGGUGCUGUCCACAGAAUUGGACCCGACGACGGUGUUCCCCCUGCCGACCAGCCUCGGGGCCUUCGCAGGCACUGCGGAUCACUACAAGACGUAUUCUCAGGUCCUCGGGCAGCUCAGCCUGCUCGGCGACAUGCUCGCGUCGUACUCAACAGGCAUCUCGUCCGUCGUCUUCGCGGAAGAGUACGCGCGGCGCACCAGCUACGCUAUCUACCAGGUGCUGAACAGCGCGGGCGAGACGGUCCUCCUGCCCCAGGCCACGGCGGACGUCAUCGCGAUCCUGCAGACGUUUGGGUUCCACGAGGCCCUCGUCGCAGUGCGCGGCGGCGGCACGAUCCCCAUCCGUUCCUCGUGGGAGAUUGACUUCUCGGCGACCGUGAGGUUCGAGGAGGGAGUCACGUACCGCCCCGAGGGCUUCCUGGGGCGCGACACCAUGUGCGCGGGCGGCGGGACUGUCGCGCUGUCUCAGGCGGCGUCGCUGCCGGCCGGUGACAGGGUGCCCGCCCUGUUCCUCUACGCUGACCUCGACCGCCUCAGGCCUGGCAGCCUCGAGGGCGUGCAGCGCGGCUUCCGCAUCGAGGCAUCUUCGUGGGCACCGUACGGGCUCGACGCGUCGCUCCCGACGCCGAAGUGCGCCGUCCACGGGGGGCUGCUGGUUGUUGGUCUGCCUGAUCUGGACGGCUACGUGGACCUGCGCGCGGGCGCCGUCGUAGCCUUCACCCGCAAGGUGAACGGCGCAUGGCAGCGUCUUGCGGAAGUCCGCGCCGCCGGCGGCGCAGGCGUGCUGCCAACGGCGUUCGGCGAGUCGCUGUCCACCGAUGGUAUCUCCAUUCUCGUCGCCGCACCAGAGUCGUCUCGCUCCAACGGCCUGCUCCCCAACGCAGGGCACCUGGCGGUCUUCACGGCCUCCGACAUCGGCCGGCAGGAGCCCGUCGGUGGCGCGCUGCUCGCCCGGCAGUACGCAAAGAACGACGGCAACGGCCCCGACACGACCGGCUCCGUCUCGCAGGCCUUCGGCAGCGCGAUGGCGGGCGGCGGCGGCGGCGGACGCAUUGCUGUCUUCCAGGGCGGGCGCGUGCUCAUCUUCCAGGGCGAGCGCGGCCGCCUGUCGUUCGCCGGGCAGGCCACGUACGAUCUUGCUGCGGACGUGCCCUCGACGGUCGGCUGGCUCGCGCUCGGGACGGGCUGGGUUGCUAUGCAGCGCGGAACUCUCGGGGGUGUCUUCUGGGCGGCCGCCGACGCUGAUGGCAGCACGACCAGGAUGGUGCGCGCUCCAGCCAGCGGCGACGUCGGGCAGAUGUCCUCCCCGGUGUUCGGCCGCGGCUCGGUCCUUGCAGGCUGGGUUGGCCGCAAGUCGAAGGUCGGUCUCGUGACGGUCGACUUCAACGGCGACGGCGAUCCCGAGCAAUCGGGAAGCACGCAGUUCCUGGGCAAGUGCGGCAGCGGCGCGCAGGCAAGGCCGUCGUCGCUGGCCAUCGGCGCACCCGCCGAGGCGACCGGCGAGGCUUUGUCGAGCGUCGCGUACGUCGUUGUCGGGCACGAGCGCUGCCCUCUCGCGGCGGGAGGAUCGACGACGAACGUGGGCUGCGCUUGCGCGUACACGGCCGACUCUCAGAGCCACUUCUCGAACGCCCGCACGCUUGACAUUGGAGACCUGCAGGAGUCGCUCGCCGGCUUCGGCCGCGCGGUGUGCGCCGGUGCGGGCCGCGUGGCCGUCCUCGGAAACGCCGUGGCGGCCACGUACGUUGCGGAUCCGCCAAGUGCCAACGGAGACAACCUGAACGUUGCGCUGGAGGGCACGAUCCGGCUGACGGGCGACUUCGCUCGGGCGGGAGGCUGCGCGCUCGGCGGCGAAGACGGAGCUGGCGCGCCUUCGCUCCUGGUCAGCAUGGGCGCCAACCGCCACGCUUCGGCCCCCAAGGGCCGCGUCGCGGUGUUUUCGCUGCACCCGACGCGUGGCUGGCUGCGCGUGGCCGUGAUGAGCGCCGCUGACGGCUCGCAGUCCGACCUGUUCGGCUUCGGCCAGCGCGGCGUCGCGUUGCUCCCUGACGGCACCGUCGCGGUUGGUGCGUCUGGUGCCAAGUCAGCUCUUGAGGGCGGCCGCGGCGGCGCGGUCUACUCGACGUCGCUCGAGCUGCAGCGCCUCGACGCGCAGAUUUCUUCCAGCGGGCUCGAGGUGUUCGCGCGCUGGAGGCCCGAGGUUGACGACACCGUUGUGGUUGACUGGGACUUGACAGCACUGGAGUUCACUGCCGGCGCAGUUGCCGUCGAGACCUCGGGCCUCAUCAUCCCCGGGCGCGCCGUCGGCACGACGCCGCUGUUCAGGGCCGAGUCGGGCUGGUACGAGGCGACGGUCGCCGUGAUGUUCGACACGUCGAUCGAAGUGCGCCCACCGGCGCACAUGGUGACGCUCACGUCGUCGGCCGCUGGGCUGUCGAUGCGGGUGUACCUCAACCCCACGUGCGGGUGCGGCCUCGUGCCGUUCAAGCCGUCGCGGGUCACGCCGUCGACCAUCGAUAUCACGAACGAGGAGACGGGUGCAGUGUUUUCGCCACAGAGAUGGUCCUUCCAGGACGGAGGCGACCCGUUCCUGGUCGAGGAGUUCCGCGGCAGUCCGCAGCCGUGGCACGGGCAGCUCUCUCCGCCGCAGCCCGCGCUGUCUCCGCGCCUGAACACGCUGAUUGGCACGUGGAACAUCGCCUUCCACUCGCGCGACCGGGCGUCGUGCGACACGCAGUUCUACGCCAAGGCGAGCCAGCUGCAGUACGUCACGGAGGGUGGCUUCACGCCCGUGCUCAUCGAGGGCGAGGUGAUCAUCACCGACGUGGCGGACCCGCGCACGUGCAACAGGAUCCUUGGUGGUGAGGAAGUCACGCACUUCAUCCCGCUGCUGACCAAGUCCGGCCCGCUGAUCCUCGGCCCGCCUAUCGACCUCACCGUCUCGGCGUACGACGCGACGCUCAGCCUCCUGGGCACCGGCAGGGUGACGGCGCAGAUGCCUUGGUUCUCACUCAUGUCCGUCAAGGUGCAGACCAACUCGCUGGUCGGCGUGCCCGCCGUGACGGUGUGCAUCCGCGGUGUCGAGGGCACGCGCUCUGCGUCGCUGCUGUCGCCGACGGUCCCGAUCUGCCUCGACACGGAGUUCGACCGCCGCGGGCACGCCUUCUUCGCCCUCGGGCCGUUCGAGGGCGUGACGCAGAGCACGCUGCCGAUCGACGUCAGCGUCGUGCCUGGUGAGAAGCGCACGUACCUGUACAACGGCAGGGACCUCACGGCCUCGGACACCAUCCGGCACGAGCUCCAGUUUGCCAACAGGCCGCUGGGGCUGCUGAACGAAGUGGCCGAGGGCGACGUGACGAUCGUCGACACGUCCGUCAUCGAGGUGACGGGCACUCUGGCGUACGACGAGAGGUUCACCGGAGGCAACCGAGGCUGCGUGCCGCGGUCGCGGUCGGGCACAGGCGGCGACGCUCAGCACCCGGUGGUUUGCUACCUCACCGAGGCGGAGUUCUUCACAGCGACGCUGUCGGGCGUGUCGCUGACUGUCCAGGAGGUCAGGAGCCGCGACGGCAUCUGCGAGGACAUCGAUCUGGAGGACAAGUUUGGCACGUACACUACGGCGCUGCCGCGGUUCGGGCGCUACGUGGUGUUCCCGGUCUUCGAGGGCCACAAGUUCCGCGUGGACUGGCCGUCCGGGCUGCCCACCGAUGCGGUCACGCUGCUCGGCGACCGCGCGUACGUAGACACGAACGUCGUGGACUACAACAUCCAACAGGCGGACUUCAUCGACUUCACGACCAAGAUCCUCCGGAUCUACGCUCGCGUCAGCGACUGCGACAUCGCCGAGAGCGGCGGCGCGACGAUCGGCAUCACGCCCCUGGCUGGCCAGGGUCUCGACUGUCAGACGGACUUCAGUGUCAAGAUCGCGGCGGAUAGGAACUACGUCGACCUUGAGCUCAGCCCGCUCGGGUUCACGAACAUCCUCCUCCGGUAUGACGCGUACAUCCUCGACACGGACUACGACGACACGUCGGGCUCGAACCACUACCUCCUGGAGAACCACCGGCAGAUUGCGGAGCUGGAUGUGGUGCCCGAAGAGGACCCGAACGCGGCCGCCGCGGGGUCCACGGGCACCGCUGCGCCGCAGGACGGAUCGGCGCUCUUCCUGCCGGACGUGGAGAUCGAGUGGCGCUACCACGUGCAGCCCACGCUCAAGUAUUCGUGGGUCUUGUGGAAUGACGUCUCCGACACGUCCGAGGAGGCGCUGUGCUCCGAGCCGCCGGAGGACUACCAGGGCUGGGUGCCGCCAGCGGCCGAGGAGGAGAACGAGGACCUCGCGGAGUCCCCCAACCCGUGCCGCGACCUAGACACGAGCAGGAGGAUUGCCGCCAAUGGAGGCGACCCCGCCUGGCGCACGCCGCCGCUGCGCAGGACGUGCUCGGCGGCGCUCGCGCGCGACGCGUCGACGCCGAUCGGCGACCUGCACUUCUACAGCCUGGACCAGCGCCUGCCGUACGGGCUGAUGAUCACGCUCGAGGAGGUGUACGACCUCGGCGGCACCGUCGGGACGCGCACGUGCGGCAACGUCACCGGCGCCGCCGUCCAGAUCAACAGCUUCGCGAGCGAGCUGUCGGACCGCAAGUGCGGCACGGCCGGCUGCAAGGUCCCGAUGCGCGCGAACUGGCUGCUGAAGACGCAGUACAUCUUCCAGUUCAACCCGAUCUCGGUCACGUUCGAUGUCAGCGCGGCCACGGACUUCCCGGCCGACGUCGCCCAGGUGUUCGAGAAGCCGACGCUCGAGGUGAACGAGAGGACCAGGGCGCUCGUGCCGACGUUCAACCCCUUCCGUGUUGCGGCGCGCAGAAGGACCCCGCAGCAAAACACCACGACGCCGACGUCGCUGCUGAGCCUGCCGCUGAUCGUCGAGGGCACGCAGCCGGACAACGUCCUCCCGGAGUCGGGCGGCGUACAGGCGGAGACGGUGUUCGUCUUCCCGAUUGACAGGGCAUCUGUCCCCAUGAUGAUUUUGCGCAAGCCUCCCGGCGAUGAAUCGAGCACCGCCAUCGAGCGCGGGUACACGCUGGAGACGAGCAAUUCGUUCGGAGUUGCUGCUGGCUUUGGAAUCGACGUUGGCAUCGGGCUUUCGCUUGAGGCGGACCUGAGCUCUGAAACCGAGACCUGCGCCGGAGCCCUCGCUGCGCCUCUCGGCAUCGGCGCGCAGUUCGACAUCUGCGGCGUGAUCGGAGGCGGCGUGAACAUUGAAACAGAAUUGUCGAUCAACAAUGGCUUCAGUUUCUCCAGAACUCAGACGGAGACCGUGACCAACAGCCGAAGCAUGGGUCUUGGAAUUGAGACGGGGGAUGCUUGGGACGGGUCUGACAACGACGUCAUCAUUAGUCCCUCGAAGUUCGUCGGUGUGCGCAGCGCGACGGAGAUGAACAUCAUCGAGCGGGCUUGCUGCUCCGACAGCGCGGGCUGCGGUGCAGGCGCUGAACCUUGCAGCCCGCCGUGCUACGUCUUCGAGUACAGGAAGGCCGUCGAUGUCCGCCUUCUCGAAGGCGGCCAGGACAGCGUGUUCAUUGCCCCGAUCGGCCUCGUGAAGGAGCGUUACAUGCAGCUAGAGGCGCUGCUGCUGUCGCCAACCUCCGACGUGCAGUCCGAGAACGUCGACCUGGAAGCUCUGAUCCGCGACUACGACGCCCUCAUCAUGCGCUACAUCUAUCAGACGAGGCAAGACCUGCAGCGUGCGAGCGUCGACAGCAUUACGCAGGGUACCAUCUACAAGCCCGUGGACAUCGUGGACCAGUCGGCGAGGGUCCUCUCGGGGGCACAGAAGUUCCUCUUGGGCGGCGGACAGGAAGUACAGUUCUUCUGGGAAACAUCGCAAAGCCAGACAAGCGAGGUGGAGCUCGAGUUUGAGCUCACGAGCGAGAUUUCCACGACUUUGGGUCUAUCCACCGAGUUCGAAGCGUUCGGGCUGGGCUUCACGCUCGGCUUUGAGUUCUCAUUAGGGCUGAGCUUCUCCUCCUCGCUCACGAUCGGCGCCAGCACAGAGCGCACGAGGGAGGCGGGUGUUUCGAUGACCUUUGCGGACGACGACGGCGACGACCAGUUUUUCUUCGGUGUCACCGUCGACAGCCUCGGGAUGCCCUUCUUCGUCUACGAUGGCGCGCAGUCGCUCACGUCGUGUCCGUGGGAGCCCGGCACGGGGGCCAUCCAGCGGUUCGAGAUAUUUGACGACGGCCUGCUCGACCGCCGCGACACCCCGGUCGAUGGCGACGACGGUACGGUGUUCCGCUUCGUGAUCCAGAACCAGGCCGUUCCCACCAACGCGAUGGCGGACGACGACUUCGAGCUGCUCUUCAAGAACACGGAGGGCCUGAUCGUGACUGUGGACGGCUACACGCACCAGACGAACCUCAUCGAGACGCUCAACAUCGACCGCGGGGCCACGCAGGAGCUCAACGUGCGCGUUCAGCUGUCGCCGACCGCCACGAAGCUCGAGUUCCCGGACAUCGAGCUCAUCAUGUUUCACUCGUGCGAGCCGAGCGGGACCCUGGGGUCCUCGCGCCAGAUGGCCGUCCGCUUCACGCGGGACUGCCCGCGCGUCGAGUUCGUAGGCACGCUCGCGACCGCCGAGCGCCGCCUCGGCACCAACCUGCUGCCGUGGUCGCUGCGCACGCUGCCCGACUUCUCCCGUGAGAAGCUCGAGGUCCUGCUCAAGAACCCCGACGCCGACCGCAACCUCAUGAGGUGGGGCGUCGCUGCGCGCCUCGGCGCCGGCGGCGCGCCGCCCUUCAUGUCGACGGUCGUCAUCCAGAUGCGCGAAGUUGGCUCCACUGGGGCGUGGUCCAACGUGGCGGUCUUCUCGUCGACGGACCUGCGCGUCAGCGGCGAGCAGCUGCGAGUCGAGCUCGACCCCGCGGCCAUGCAGUCGUACAACCUCCAGGGCGAGCCCGUCGGCGCGACGUACCUCCUCCUGGAUGGCGAGUACGUCAUCCGCGCGCUCGUGCUCUGCAGCGACGGGACAAGCACCGUCACGAACGAGCUGCCCGGCGUCGCGGACUUCAUCCCGCCCGAGCAGUUUGGCCUGGCGUCGCCCGGGGCGAUCUUCGUCCCGGGAGUCUCGGAGAUCGCUUUCGAGUUCUUCGAAGAGCUGUCUUGCGAGAAUGAGUGCGGCGAGGCCGUGCUGACGUCGGCGCUGCAGCCCGCGCCGCUCGUGAUGCACUCACGCUGCGAGGACCAGCGCCUCAAGGUUGGCUUCCCGCCGGGAGUGGUCGCAUCGAUCUGGAACACGCACGUGCAGCAGGGCGUCCCGGUGACGGUCACGCUGCCGGCGGGCACGGUCUGCGACGUCGUCGGGAACAAGUUUGUCGGCGACGCGCCGUCGACGACGUUCCAGCUGGCGCCAAUCGGCGCGGAUGUGCGCGCGGAGAUUGCGAACGCUAUGAUUGCCGUCGCCAACGGCGACAGCGGGGCGCGCCGCAAGCUGCUGCAGUCCGGAACUCUGGCCGACACCAUCGCCGAGGCGAUCGGCGCGGCCCCAGAGCGAGUUCUGGUCCGGCCUGGCAGGUCGGGCACCGUCAGCAUCGUCAUCCUGCCAUCUGAUGCAGAAGGCGCUCCCAGCGUGCAGGACCUGCUCAACGCUCUGGUGCUGGCCGCGCAGCGCGGCGACGUGCCGAUCGCGUUCGGCGACAACAGCAACACGAUCCUCACCGCCACCGGCGUCGCGACGGACACCUCUCUAACCACGGCAGGGGCCACGGCGGCGGCCACCGCCGCCGCGACCGGCAGCCUCGGCACGUCGCACGAUGCGCUCCUGGCAGAGAUCAAGGCGCUCCUGAGCGGCUCGACGACCGAGAGCGGCCAGGGCGACCUCAUGAUCACCCCACUUUUCGGUGCCAUGUCCAAUGGCGUGCCGGGCGUCGGCGAGGGGUACGCGACGAACAGCAAGUACCUGCAGUUCCUCCUCACACUGCCCUCGGCCGCCACGACCACCGCGGGCACGCCGCUCGAGAUGGCUCCCGCGGAGGCCCUCGGCUUCCCCGAGGGCCCGCUGCAGCUCAGCGUGCCGCACGUCAGCACGAUCGGCACGACGAGCAGCGUGGGGAUCUGCAGCACGAAGCUGGAGCGCGUGGUCAACGGGCGCGCGUUCUACAAGAUCGUGGUGUGCGUCGACGACGGGUGGUACGGCACUGUGCGUCUGACGGCGCACGGCAAGAACAUGGUGGCUGCGGACGGCAAGGCCCUCAACGGCACUGGAUCUAUCGCUUACUCCCGCGUCCAGACCGUGCAGGACGUGCGCCACACGGCGCUGUCCUUCUCGGGGGACAAGGAGGAGCUCUAA